AAAACCGAACAGAAUCCGCAGAUUCGUUUUAUUUUUUCUUCAUAAAAAGGCCGUUGUUCCCGUUUCACCAAACACCUACAAAGGCGAAUGGAAUUUGACGGAGUUACCUCCCCCACUCAACUCCGUUACGCUCUCAACCAUGGAUCCCUUCAUCCACAAGCUCCGUCGCCACCUUCUCGCAUGGUUCCACCGAUCUCGCUCCGGUGCGGUGUUUUUUGUGCGGAGAAUUUCGUAUAAGGACGUUAGAAGAGCGACGGACGGUUUCCACAGAGUCCUUUACAGCAAUUCCGAGGUUUCUGCGUACGCUGCCAAGUUCGGAGACGGCGGCGGCGCUUGUUUGGUGAGAGAAGUGAAAGGCUUCGAUGAAGGAAACGACGAUUUCUACAGACACGUGCAGUUCUUGGGGCGCUUGCGUCAUCGCCACCUUCUCUCGCUCAGAGGCUUCUCCGUCGGACGCAAUCACAAGAGAUUGCUCAUAUUUGACAACAUAGAAAAUGGAAGCUUGAAGGAUCAUCUAAAUGAUCCUUUGAAGACUCCCUUGGAUUGGAGGACAAGAUUACAGAUAGCUAAUGGCGUUGUGGCUGCACUGCAGGAAUACUUGUUUCUCUUCAGUGACCCACCAGUAUGUCAUGUCUCUAUCACCUCAAGCAAUAUCAUGUUAGAUGAGAACUUCACAGCCAAACUAUCUGACUUUGGCCUUCUUACAUCUGGUGGAAAUUCUGUUAUGGUGCCAUAUUCAGAAGAUUUGAAGCAGAAAAGUUGUAAGAUUAUAUUCCAACUUGGAGUGCUCAUAUUGGAACUGGUCACCGGUCAGUCAUCAGAGAUGGAAGGUUCGGAUUUAAUCGAAUGGAUCCAAGAAUCCCGUUUUUACAAUUCCAUAGAUAAGAUGAUAGAUCCUGAUCUUGGUAACAAUUAUGACUGUACGGAGCUCAAAAGUCUUCUAGCUGUGGCAAAAUUAUGUAUCAAAUCAUGGGACAAGCCUUCAUUUACAAUUCCACAGUUAUUUCGGCAUCUCCAAAAGAAGAUUGAUAUUAGCAAUUACUAGGAUUCUUAUAUGUUUUGUUUGAAAACCUUGUGGUUUCUUGGGAGAAUAUUUAGCACUCCCUUGUGUGAAUGCUUUCAGUUUUCGUACCUCUUGAAGAGUCAGUUUUGAUAACUGCGAUAAUGUUCAUUUGAAAUUACAUGAAGAGAAAAAUGUCAAUAGUUGUCAUUUUUUUAAACACUCCUUUUGUCGGGUGAAAUUCAGUACUAUAUAUAUUUACCAAUUAUUUUUAAAAGGAAA